GCGGCGGAGCGGCGCUAGAAGCAACCUCGCACGUCACCGGCAGCGAGCAACGACGACCUGGCACUUCUCCUCGGCGCGCACGCAUGACGCGCUACCACAUACAUAUAUACCACCUACCUCAGAUGGACGCCAAGCGAGAGACCAAGCUGCAGUUUCCAUCGCAGCCCUACCUGUUGAUAAUUCAGCAGCGUCGAUGUCGGUAGGCAAGAAGCCGUCGCCGUCGACGUCGCGGCACGACGCGGAGAAGGCCGCCGAAGAAGUAGAGGGAGGAGACAACAGCGGCGGCGACGUCGCCGUGAUGCAGCGGAAGGAGAGCGGUGGGAAGAAGGCGGCCGAUCAGCGGCGGUACAGCCGGUGCUUCUCGGGGCUGGAGAUCAGCAUCGGUCCGGGCCCGCUCAAGGACGUCGACGCCGGGAAGCUCAAAGGGCAGAUCAGGAAGUGGGCCAGGGCCGUCGUGGGCUACGCGCGCCAGCUCAGCUUCGGCUCGCCGAGGUCCUCCCCUCGCAAGUCCGGCGACGGCGCCACGCCGAAGUCGGCCGCCGUCCGGUCCAAGUCUGGCCUCGGCGGCGCCAGGAGCGACCCUCCCUCGGCCGAGCUGCCACCGUGAAAGCUUUGGUAACUUACAAGAGUACUCCUUGACCGGUCGGUUGCGUGUGACCACGUAGAGUUAUUCAGCUUCUUCCUUUCUUCCUCCCAUCUUAUAAUAUUAAAAAUUUAUUUGAUUUGUUUUCCCAUGCUUGGCUUGAUUAUCUCUUUCGGUUGAGUAAGAUUCUUUGAUUCAAUUGUUCGUGCAUAGACACCAGAUAUGUACAUGUUCAAUAAUAAUGAUUUACUCCUACUAUGGAUGCUUCAAUUGCAGCGUAACUA